AUGGUGAACGCCCCACCAACUCCUCCACCCACCUCAGCGAUAGAACUCAGCGACGCAGCCAAACUAGCUGGCCCAUCAGAGCCUGAAGCAGCAGCGCCCAAUGCAAAUCCUGCUCCUGGUGCUCCCCCAUCGCAUCCUGACUGCUAUCAAAGUACACUGCCUACAAUUACCGAUCUAGUGGCCCAGGGAGAUUAUAUCUCAGCCAUUCAGACUUGCGAGAGAUGUGACCUUAAUGGAGACGGAGAUACUAGUCCGACUCGUUUCCUCAUUACUGCGCCGCUUGUUAUCGCAUAUCUAAUCGUGGAUAACCUCGCGCCUGCUCGGUACGCGUUGAGUAGACUUCCCGAUAAACUCGCAUCCCAACCGUUGGUCAAAGCACUAAAUGAUCUUCUUCGCGCGACGAGAGACAGGAAACACUCGCUUGUAUAUUCCCGAGCAGAAUCCUUGUUUAAACAAGCGCAACAACCCAAUUUCCUGGAUGCUAACUUGGGAUCGCUUGUAGCUUCUAUGAUAACGGCGUUCGUCGAGGCGUUCCGUCGUCGCACGUUCGUUCUCCUCUCCAAAGCAUAUUCAUCGUUGCCAGUGUCCCUCGCUCAAAGCUACUUGGGCUGGCAGCCUGAGCAGAUAUUGACUGCCGUUACAAAGGAGGGAUGGUCGUAUGACCAAGCUACCAAAGUGCUGAGUCCCCCGUCAGACAGCAGCUCGUUCACCUCAGCCAAUCGAAGUGUUGCUGGACCGUCUUCGCUCGAGACGUUCUCAGUGGUGGCGACCAACGUCGCCCGGCUUGAAGUAUGA